AAACAGAGGAAAAAGGCCGGAGGCCAAAAAAACAAGCAGGGAUCCAUUAACUAAGCAUUCCUUACACCUCUUGGCAGUUUUUUAAUGGCACACAAACAUUAAACAAUCGUGUAGCAGCCGGCUGCUGUAGCUUUGCAGCACAUUGAAAUGAUGAUCUUCUCUUCUCUCAAUCAACUUGGCGCCCCAUCCCACCAACCCCCCUCUUGUCCUAUAUUCAAAUGAUUUUAACACUAAACUAGUUUCAUUCCUUCAACUUGGGUGCCAUUAUUAAUACAUCACUCCAAGCUCCUUACCUUCUCAUCCCAAAAGUCUCUGCUCUUCUCUUCCACCAUGGCGCCAAACCAGACCACAUCUCUUCUCUCGGACGACGAUUCGAACCACGACACCCGCCGCAAUGCCAGAACACACCCGGGCACCAACCCAUUCAUCUUCACAGCACUUAUUGCCCUCAGCUGCGUCGGCCUUUCCGCCGCCUCUGCUUUCGGCUUCCUCUACUUCUCCUCUUCCUCUUCUCCCACGGCCCAGAAACUGUCUUCCCUUGAACGAGCCAGCCGGCCCAAGCCGAAACUCCCCCGCCCGGUCGUGAUCAUGAUCUCCGCUGAUGGGUUCCGGUUCGGGUACCAGUUCAAGACGGCAACCCCGAGCAUCGACCGGCUCAUGGCCGAGGGAACGUCGGCCGACCGGGGUUUGAUCCCGGUCUACCCGACCCUCACUUUCCCCAACCAUUACUCCAUCGUCACGGGGCUCUACCCUGCUUACCACGGCAUCAUAAACAACUACUUCGUCGACCCGGCCACCGGCGACGAGUUCACUCUGGCGAGCCACGACCCCAAGUUCUGGCUGGGAGAGCCGCUGUGGGAGACGGUGGCCAACCACGGCUUGCCGGCUGCUGCGUAUUACUGGGCUGGAGCUGAAGUGGUGAAAGGGAGCUGGACUUGUCCUCCCGAAUUCUGCCCCAAGUACAACAGCUCCGUGCCAUUGGAGGAGCGAAUUGAUACCUUGCUUAGCAACUUCGAUUUGCCGCUCGAGGAAAUCCCUGUUCUCAUGAAUCUCUACAUUGAAUCUCCUGACGCACAGGGUCACCAGGUUGGGCCCGACGAUCCACAAAUAACCGCAGCAGUGGGCCGAGUGGACUCGCUACUGGGCAGGCUAAUCACCGGGCUGGAACAAAGGGCCCUAUUAGACGAAGUAACGGUGAUCUUCGUAGGCGACCACGGCAUGGUCGGCACGUGCGACAAGAAGUACAUCUACAUCGAGGAUUUCGCGGAAUGGAUCGAUAUCCCGGAAGAAUGGAUCAUGUACCACACUCCGGUCCUCUCCAUCCGCCCUCCGGCCGGCGUCGACGCCGCCGAGGUGGUCUCCAAGAUGACGGAAGCGCUGGAGUCGGGGAAGCUGAACAACGGCGGCAGCUUGAAGGUGUACCUGAAGGAGAACCUGCCGGCGAGGCUGCACUACUCCGACAGCGACAGGAUCACGCCCAUCAUUGGGAUUGUGGCGGAGGGUUACACGGUGGAGCAGCGGCGGGUGGCCGGGGAGGAGAUGUGUUGGGGUUCCCAUGGGUAUGAUAACGCGGCGUUUUCGAUGAGGACGAUUUUUGUCGGGAGGGGACCGAAGUUCGGGAAGGGAGUGGUGGUGCCUUCGUUUGAGAAUGUGGAGCUUUACAAUGUGGUUACUUCGAUUCUGGGGAUUUCCGGGGCUCCGAAUAACGGGACUUCGGGUUUUGUCAACACUGUUCUGCGGAGAAGAUGAUGAGUGGGUUUCUCUUCUCCUUAAGCAAAUGAGUUUGAGGCUUUGAGCUACUGAGAGAGCAAGAACUAAAUAAAAAAAACCUAAGAGUGUGUGUACGAUGGUGAUGAGUGUAACUGUGUAAGCAAUAGCUAAAUAGUUUAUGAAAUUUUAUGGGUAACAAUGCUUGAUUAAAGCUCUCAAAGUCACGAAAUUCUAAACCCCC